UGGUGGGGAUGAAGGGAUGGAAGUAAAACUGAGGGCUGUGUAUUUGAGGCUGGAAUUUGGGCAAGUGUUUAUGAAGACAGGAAAUAGGGGGAGAGAAGAACACAAAGGAAGUCAAUGAUUGCGGGACUGAGGGACUAGAGCCGAAGCAGCGUGUGGUCCAACAGUGGAUCGAAGGAAGCCCGGGUCAGAGCGCACCUCCUCAAUGACACCGAGGGACAAGCCUGACCCCUUGCCGUCAAGGCUCUUGUAGUCAGAUUUAUGGCCAAUAGUUAUCGAUGGAGCUGUCGCGGAAAAGCAAAGCACUGCCCUGGGUCUGGGAGGACGUCCUGGGGGAAGUGACGCCUGAACUGAGGUGGAGGCAAAGCCUGAAUCCGCCUGGCUAUGGAAGUCGAGAGCAUACAUUCACGGCAACAUGGAAACGUGCUAUUCUUUAAAGGCCCAGAGUCUGCGGCCUCUUUAAGGAAGGGAGGGGGCGGCAGCUGGAGGGUGUGUCGGAGGAAAGGGCGGGGCCACGAGGGGAGCGGAAGCCGGAAGUCGCCGCCUGAGCUGCGCGUGGUGGAGAUGUCGGCCAGCGCCGCUGUGGAGCCGGGUCCUCCGGGGGUUACUGCCGCUCCCUCGCCCGCCCCGGCCCUGGCUCCCGCCCCGGGACGCUUGUUCCGGCCUAUCAGCGCCGAGGACGAUGAACAGCAGCCCACGGAGAUCGAGUCGCUGUGCAUGAAUUGUUACCGCAACGGCAUGACGCGCCUCCUGCUCACUAAGAUCCCCUUCUUCAGAGAAAUCAUCGUGAGCUCUUUUUCCUGCGAGCAUUGUGGCUGGAACAACACGGAGAUCCAGUCGGCAGGCAGGAUCCAGGACCAGGGAGUGUGCUACGCUUUGACCGUCCGGGCCCCGGAGGACAUGAACAGAGAAGUCGUGAAGACGGACUCUGCCACCAUAAGGAUCCCAGAGCUGGAUUUCGAAAUUCCUGCCUUUAGCCAGAAAGGAGCUCUGACCACUGUUGAAGGAUUGAUCAACCGAGCUAUCUCUGGACUGGAGCAGGAUCAGCCUACACGAAGGGCAAAUGAAAACGCCAUAGCUGAAAGAAUUGAUGAGUUCAUUGUCAAACUGAAAGAGCUAAAGCAUGUGGCCUCCCCUUUCACUCUGAUCAUUGAUGAUCCUUCAGGGAAUAGCUUUGUGGAAAACCCACAUGUUCCCCGGAAAGAUGAUGCCCUGGUGAUCACACACUAUAACCGGACUCCACAGCAGCAAGAGAUGCUGGGGCUCCAGGCAGAAGCACCAGAAAAGAAGCCAGAAGAGGAAGAUCUCAGAAAUGAAGUGCUACAGUUCAACACAAACUGCCCAGAAUGCAAUGCUCCGGCUCAGACCAACAUGAAGCUAGUUCAAAUCCCUCACUUUAAGGAGGUUAUCAUCAUGGCUACUAACUGCGAGAACUGCGGUCAUCGGACCAAUGAGGUGAAGUCUGGAGGAGCGGUAGAACCCUUGGGCACCAGGAUCAGCCUCCACGUCACAGAUCCCUCAGAUAUGACCAGAGACCUGCUCAAGUCGGAGACAUGUAGUGUGGAAAUCCCAGAACUGGAAUUUGAACUGGGAAUGGCUGCCCUCGGGGGCAAGUUCACCACACUGGAGGGGCUGCUAAAAGAUAUCCGGGAACUGGUGACCAAGAACCCUUUCACACUGGGUGACAGUUCCAGUCCUGGCCAGACGGAGAAACUGCAGGAGUUUAGCCAGAAGUUGGACCAGAUCCUCGAGGGUAAAAUGAAGGUCCAUUUUAUUAUGAAUGACCCAGCAGGAAACAGCUACUUGCAGAAUGUGUAUGCACCUGAAGAUGAUCCUGAGAUGAAGGUGGAACGUUAUAAGCGCACCUUUGAUCAAAAUGAAGAGCUAGGGCUCAAUGACAUGAGGACGGAGGGCUAUGAGACAGGCCUGGUCCCACAGCGGUAGCAGUGGGCGGUUGCCUGGCCAGCCUUCAGCCUCCAGCACUGCUCAGAUCGCACGUUUAUUUAUUACUAUUGGGAAAGGCUGGGAGUGUCCUCUCCACCAGGCCUUGCUCAUGUGGUCUGAGUCAGAGAUCUAGGCACACUUUCUAAACAGGUAGUGAUGCAAGUGCAAGCCUGUUGGGUUAUUUGACCUUGUUGUGGAGGUUUUGAAGCAGCUUGGAAAGAAACCUGGAAAUGAACCAUGGGGAAUGUCAUUAUCACUUUUUUCCGACAAGUCUUUUGUCCUCCAUCCACACAAAGUUCUGUCCUCUACAGUUACCACUCUGAAGCUGAAGAAGAUGGAAGACAGCUACAGCUGGAGUUUGGGUGUUGAUUUGGGGUAUAUAAAACACUGACUGACUUUGAACAGGAAGGGAGUCUUCUGAGGAAAGGGAGUCCCAGCACAGAUGAAGUUCUCAUUAAAAUGGUGGCUUUCAAACAGCA